CUCGCGCUGGAUGGUCGUAGUUUUCUGUGAUGUGUGCGCUCGCGUUUCGUCUCGAUCGAACGUAUACUCUGGUGAAUCUCUUUCACUUUGCGAAAGUCAAGGUGGUGAAAAAGUGAUUUUCAAGAUUUUUCAAGUGAUAAUAAAUAGCAUAAUACGCCAUGGAAAUGUAUGAAAUUGCUUAUAUUCUUAACCCGGAAGCGUGAGAAAAGACGCAUCGAGAUCGUUUGGAUUCGAAUUUUGCAGAAAAUAGAUAAUUUAAGCAACAGAAAAUAAAUCGGAAAACAUGCGAGAAAAAAAUGGUGAGCAGCAAUAUCCGUGAGAGGUUGUUCACCAGCAAAAGCACUACCAAGGAAAACUAUUAGAUGUAUAAUGCCACUUUUCGAUAUGUGAAAUAAAGUAAAACCAAAGAAAAGAAUCAAAAAUCAGCUAAUUUAAUGAAGAUUCAAUGUAUGCAUUGGUUUUUAUGAGUAGUGUAGGCACUGUCCAAAGAGAUGAAAAGCCUGUUGAGAAAGGGUGUUGUUGGGUUUGAUAAGUGUCAAUAAAAAUCAAGUUUCCGCUCGGCCCACAAACAACCACAACAACAAUGUGAAGUAAUGCAGGCCAUGUUUGUGAACUGUAGCAACAUGUAUGUAUUCAAGUUUUAAUAGAAAAAUUGUGCAUAUCAAUUGAUAAAUUGUGGGUUAAGCAAAAGCGUCGUAGCCCGGUAGUACUAGCAGGGAGUGUAAGCCAAUCAGCAAAUAGCUGAGGUGAUUAACCCGAGUACAGGGUUCUGUAAAGUGAAACUUGCAAUGUUCUGAAGGAAUGUGCUCAAACAUUGGGGACCCUUCUGAAAGAGCCAGAAUAGAACAAGUUUUCGUUGGCAAAGAUAACUGGAUUGGAGACAACAAUUGCAGUAAUGGAUGGAUGAAUAUUCAUAUCUAUACCAUCCGAGGCGAAUGCAUCAUCCAAGUUGUAGCAGCGGUUCUGGCUAAGUCAGCUAAGCUGCUAACGUGUUGAACUAGCGGACAGACCGGACAGACACCACACCAUCAACGCACAAUGUCCGGCGGCAAGGAUCGACGGUCGCGGGCUAGUAAAACUCAAGGCUGGGAGGAAGCCGGCGGUGAGUUCUACCAGGAAAGCUACCCGGCCGAUCUGGAAGGUAUGCAGCGGGAUCCAUCUAAGAUUGCAACCCUGCUGCCCUCGAAGCAAACCAGAAAUGCAACAACUCGUCGAGUACGCCCAUCUCAACAGGAUACGAAGGGUACUCGAAGGCGCACUAGUUUUUCGACGGUGGCUAGGCGGGGAUCGCAGUAUCACGAUAUUCAAGUGGCCACACUUCCGGACUUAUCAGAAAACCUUAUCAACGAAGAACGCACGUGGGAAGAAAUACAGGAAAUCAAAUCGAUGCCUGUCCCGAUGGCUCAAAAGCGUGAAAUGAAAGCUCAAUUACAGAAUGCUACUAAGCUACGCCUGCAAGGCUUCGAACAGAUCAAAUGGCGUCGCCGGAAAGCGUGGCAAAGCAUCCGCGGAAAGUGGAGCGAGUACCGCACCAAGCUGGAGCUCUGGCGAAUGUCGCUGAAAACAAUAGAAGGCAACUUUGGCACCGGAGUGGUGGCGUACUUUCUCUUCCUGCGGUGGCUAAUGUUUCUCAACCUUAUUGUGUUCGGGCUGGUUUCGGCGUUCAUCGUGUUACCGCAUGUGAUGCUUAGGGAACCGCUGGAUCUACCCUGCGAGCAACAGGUUGACCCGACAUCGAUGCAAUGCUGUUCCGAAUCGUACGUGAACGCUACUAAAAGUGCGGAAUUUUCCGUACUCGAUGUGAUUCAAGGUACCGGGUUCAUGGAGGGAACACUGCUAUUCUAUGGAAUGUAUACCAAUAUGAUUUAUGGAUACAGUCCAUUGGAAGAUCGUCUAACGGCGAUUGCCGGUGUAGCCAGGUCGACAACAGUGUUUGUGACAACAACGACGACUACAACCACGGCCACGACAAGUAGUAGCAUAAGCAGUAAUAUCGGUACUAAUAGUAGUAGUAGUAUUUAUAGUAGUAACAGUACUGACACUAGUACUACAGAAGCCAGCACAACUGUGAUCAGUGCGGUAGUAGGAGAGGUUAAGAGUAGUAACUUUAGCAGCAUUAAUGGCAGCUAUUUCGAAGGGCUAGUGAUGGAAGCGGAGGAAGCAAUCGACCAAAGUAGUUCUGGGAGUGAAUCGGGUACGAUUCUGUACUACGAUUUUCCACUGGUUUACGUGAUAAUUACCGCCAUUUGCUACGUGAUCGCAUUAAUUGCCAUCAUGAAGGCAGUCGUCCGGCAGUUCACCGAUCGGAUUGCAGAGGGCGAAGGUCUUUUCUAUCAAUACUGUAACCUAGUCUUUGGAGGCUGGGACUUUUGUAUUCACAACGAGAAGUCCGCUGAUAUUAAACAUAAGGCACUGUAUUAUGAGAUUCGUUCUUUGCUUCAUACGAAGCGUUUUGAAAAUGAGCGCAUCAAUCGCUCGCGAGAUUUUAUGAUUAAGCUUAUAGCCAUACGGUUCUUAAUUAAUUUCGUCGUUGUGGUAAUUCUGCUGAUAGCUGUAAUUAUAAUUUACGUGUUAUUCAAUGAAUCGAUGUCACAAUUGGAUCGGAAUUAUCCAUCUAAUCAUACAUUAUCUGGGGUUCAGUCUUGGUCGUAUUUUUCGUCGUUCAGGUCACCCUAUACGGUGGAAAUGGCUUCGACCAGUUCUACCCCUUCUUACUAUUCGCGAGAAUCAUCCUCGACGGAUAGUCUUUCAGCUCGAUUGGAAGUGCUCUUUUUUGAGUUCCUUCCAUACAUAGCGAUAGUGUGCAUGAACCUGGUUGUUCCUCUCUUUUUCAAUUAUCUAGUUCAGUUCGAGAAAUAUUCUCCUCUUUUUGUGAUCAAAAUCAGCCUCUUUCGAACGGUCUUUCUGAGACUUUCUUCACUAGCCGUACUGCUAAGUCGUUUUUAUUUCCUCGUGAAACCUAAAAUACAUCAACUAGCAUUGAAUGGAACUGAUUUAUCGGCUAAUUACACCUUCGAGUCGUACAGUACCGCAACGGAGCAAUGUUACGAUGCUAAUAGUGGCACACCGCAGUGCUGGGAGACGUUCGUAGGGCAACAGUUUUACAAACUGUUUAUUGUUGACUUCGUUACGCACUUCCUGGUGACUUUCUUCGUCAAUUUUCCAAGGGCCAUGUUCGCUCGGCAUUCCGCAAGCCGCAUUGCCAAGUUUCUCGGUGAACAAGAGUUCGAGUUAUCCAAACACGUUCUGGAUGUGAUCUACUCGCAAACGCUUUGCUGGCUUGGCACCUUCUACACGCCCUUCCUUCCAGCAAUAGCAGCCAUUCUGUUUUUCUUUAUGUUCUACAUAAAAAAGUUUGCUUGUCUUGUCAACUCUAAUCCUUCCUCUAUCCUGUAUCGCGCAUCCCGCUCCAACUCUCUGUUUAUGUCCACUUUGCUGAUUUCAUUCACGGUAGCUAUCAUUCCCGUGGUCUACGCUUGGGCCGAAAUCAUCCCUUCACGAUCGUGUGGCCCCUUCCGAGGGCUUCCAUCGGUCUGGGAUCGAGCUAUCAACGCAUUCAUGAAGAUGCCCCUAUUCUUCCAGAACGUUAUUUUCUACUUUGGUACAGCUUCGUUCGGCGUUCCUUGUUUCGUCGUGCUAACGUUCAUCAUAUAUUAUUUUUAUGCCGUAUCGGCAGCCAAUAGACACAUGGUGUCAGUGCUAAAGCACCAGCUUGUGCUCGAGGGUCAUGACAAGCAGUUUCUGCUCAGCCGGUUGAGUUUAUUCAUCAAACAGCAACAGGAGUACCAGAAACGUAUGAUGCGACAAGCUGCCGAGCAACAGCCCCCACCGCAGCAGUCGAAUAACGUACAGCAUUCGUACACACCACCGGUUGCACCUCCCAAGCCGCCCCAGCUGCAACAACAGCCGCCGCAACCGCCGGAACAACAACCACCACUACCUCCCCGCGCAGAUCGGGACUCUAAGCCGAGCAGUCGGGAUCGCGACCGGAAGGAGGGCCCCAGCGGAGAUUCGAAGCAAAGAGAGAACUAGUAAGGCCCUAUAGUGUCUGUCGGAGUUUAAAUAAUCUGUAUGUAUGUAGGUUGCGGGAAGUUAUGUAACUUUCGGUGCAGGACUCUUGUAUGGUAAUUUAAUAUAUUUGUGGGAGCAUAUUCCCCAAAAAAUUGCGCUAUCUGUAGUGUCAGUUGUCACAAACCAAAGAGAGCAUAACAUAAAUACAAGGGUGGCCAAAAAUUGGUUUUAAAAGGUAUUCCUCCGUCGGGUUUUUGAAAAUAAAACCCAAUCUAUGUUCACUACUGGCGUUUUUUGACUUUGAAAAUGUCUUACUUUUCUCGGCCAAUUGUGUUAUAGGAAAGAUCUAUCUCGCAUAUAUAGCCCAUUAGUUUAACAUGUAUAAAUCCGUUGUAAAUUAAUGUUGAACUACUGGAUCCAGUAUAUGCGAGAGAGAUACAUGUUCCGCUUUAGGCCUUUUUGGAAGCUAUAAUAUCAUUCGAAUAAAUCCAUGCUGGUAUCGAUAGAAUUUUAAGAACAAAUAAAUGCUCGGAUAUUGUGGUUAAGAGAGACAAGACUUCCUUUGCCAUGAGACAUGUUGGUAGACUCUAGCGAUUUUUAGUCAUCCUUCCUUAGCCAGACUACUCCCAGUAGAUGAUAAAUGAUUCGAAUGACUCUGCCACUUCUAGUUUUCCUAUCUGUAUAUUUGAACUCCUUGCUCUCACUAUGGCUCUAAACCUUUCAUAAAUAAAUGUUAGAAACAAUAAAAAAUGGGGCUCAACAUUGGUAUAAAGGAGAAAUAAUUUGAAGGAUCUCAUAGUGCGUUUGAUAAAUGAUCUUCUUUCUACAGCCGAGCUUCGAUCAAAUGUCCCGUUUCACGAGAUACUCGUAAAGCGACAAAUGUAAAUACAUAUUUUUUUAGUUUUUUUUUGGCUGUCCAACAGUGUCUUUAGUAACACCAUCAAUAACCCGCACAACUAUAUCAAUUUGAACUCCGCCAGACAUACCGGUACGAUGGGCUAUAUGUAGACUGUUUUCAAUGAGAUUACCGAACCACUAGGUCGGGAUGUGACUAUUCGUCCUCAGGCUAACUCCUCUAACGUGUUUUCAUUCUUCUGGCAAUUCUAUAGAUUUAGGUUAAAAGUUCGCGUUAUUUUCGAACAAAUGAGCAAAACAAAUUAAGCAAACACGUGAUAUUAUAUUCCACCUUUAUUAAACGAAUACCAAUUAAAUUAUUUAUAUUUAUUAGAGAGAUGACGAAGCAGAUGCUAAAACUGACAGAAUAUAAUUCCCAUCUAUAAUCUGCAAAGCGAUAGCGGAACAAUAGUUCAAUUUUGGGAUGGUAAAGCGAUUGUUUUAUACAAUAUCUAGCUCACUUCAAAAGCGAGCCCACCCGAAAUGUAUACAGCAUUUCUGUUAAGGGUACAAACAAUCUAAUCAAUUUUUAAAUCCGAGCGCAAGUUCAUCUAAGAUCGAGUAGUGUAUAAAUUGUAGGAUAUUAUCCAGCUCAAUAUCAACUUUUGUUAGUUGUCAGCGCCUCAAAUAAAUAGUCGAAAGAUUUUUUUACAUUAAAUAAAACAAUAACACAGGAAAGAGACUGCCAUUUUGAGCUAGUUGUAAAUGGAUAAUUUCGUGAACAAUUUAAUACCAUGAGAACACAUAUGCAGUAAAAUAUAGACUACACAUGGAACACAAUCUAAUCUGUACAUAGCUAUAAAAAAUGAUCAAACUCUAUCCGUCAGUAAACGACCAUCACAAAUAAAAUAUCUGUAUCAUUCUAUAACCGACUCAUCAUCAGACAACGUUCUCUGAACAGCUUUUAUUUCACGCCGUCAAACUCAAAUCGUUAAAGGUACACCAUUACUUGUUUAACAAGCAAGUCCCGUGCAAGAAUAACGUAUUGUAGUUAUUCACACAGUAAACAAUACCCGAAAUAUAAAUUGGACUAUUUUUGCCCUGUGUAUUGCCAUCUCUGGUAUUACAAUUUCUGGUAACCACCAGCUUGUCUGACAGACAAAUUAUGCGUAAGCGUAUGUAGAUGUUCUUCAGCAAAGUAUAGAUAAAUAAACAAAACGGCUAGAAUAAUACCCAGAAGCAAAACACACAAGAAAACAAUAGGAUUUCAAAACGAAAACAUAUUUGUGUGUAUUAGUACGCAUAUUCUUUCGCCAAACAAACAGUGUUCUAGUUUGUAUGACGCUAUUUGUAUACAAAUUUAAAGAAAAAGCAUAAAACAUAGUUAAAAAAGAAAUAAUAAAACAAAAAGUAAAUCUUUGUAUGAAA